UUUUGCAAUUGAGUGGGUUUUUGUGUACAGUAAUCCUACAAACAUACACAAGAAAAGGACAAUAUUUGCCAUGGCUACGACAGAAACACCGAAGCCCUGCAGCCAAGCCAAGUGAUACGUAAGCUACACUGAUUGUUUCCUUUGGGCAGGAAACUUUCCAGCUGGACACAACAAGAGAGACACACAAAAAGACACAAUUGUUUACUUAAUCAAGAGACCGAAAUCUUGGGUUCAUCCAACUUCCAGAGGGGGAAGAUGAAUAUGAGGCAGGCCAACAUUUUAUUGGGUCACAAAGCUGAGGGUCAUCACAGUACAUGUGAGCCUGAAUAUAAUGCGUGGCCACAUGUGCUCACUCUGUUUUUCAGCUUCAGUAUGAAAAGUCAUCGGAUGGUCAAUUUUUCCAAAUGGAUGGAAAACGAUGAAUUUGAUUGAAAAGGCCCGCAGUAGAGUGCAGAGCUCCAUCCAUCCAUUGUCUACACCGCUUAUCCUAACUAGGAUCACGGGCGUGCCGGAGCCCGUCCCCGCCACCUUCGGGCGAGAGGCAGGGUCCACCCUGAACCCACGCUGCCCGCACCAAAGUCAGGCGAGUGGACCGCUACACCAUCGGUGACCAGAGAAAAUCCGUUUUGGGGAAAAACGGAAGAAACCUUGGAAAGGGAUUCCCCACGGAAGUACGAGAGACAAACAAAAAUGACUUGCCUUUGCCAGCGUGCGCCGCAAUUGCAAUGAAGACAUGACGUCCCACCGCCCAUGUUUAGCGCGCUGAACACCCCACUGAAGAGGCUCGUAUUGCAGCAGUUUUCCUGACUUGCCCUGCAUGUGUGGACAUAUAUAUACAUACAUAUAUAUACAUAGACACAUGUAUAUAUGUGUGCUACAAAUAUAUAUACACACGCACACUGUGCUGAAUUCAAAAGCACUCUGGAGCUGAGGAAUUAAAACCAAGAGUAUGGUCCAACGGUUCAUCUCAGGCCGCCUGCUGGGAGCCCUCUUGGGCCUGUUUCUGCUCAUGCCUGUUCUGAUGGCACCAACACCACCAAGCAUGUGUACUCCUUUGAGGACGCUCGAUGACAAUCUGAGCCACAGGCGACGAUACAUGAAACACAACUUCCCUGUCAACUACACCAUCAGGGUUCAUCGCGAGGAAGUUUUUAAACUAUCAAACAUCAGCAGAAUGAGGUUAAAUGUGGACAACUUAGAAGAGUUUCACUUCCAGAGGAUGUGGUUCCUUGUUAACCACGGCGUGUUGAAAAGGAUAAUCCGAGUGAUGCCAGAGAGACAUCCUUCGCGUCCCUACACCACAGAGUUGGAGAAACGUCUCCAAGACGCAGAGGGAGUCUUCGUGCAGUCGCAUCCUCCGGAGGUGUUCCAGCAGGAGCUUCCAGAUGCAGUCCAGGACAUUUGGGAUGGUUUAACAGAAGAGUCAGACAGAGUGCCAGAGUCCAGCUGGAGGUUUGCUUCUCCAAAAUCCCUUUUGGACAAUUUCUGUCACACGAUGUACUGCCUCUUCAGUGAGUGCUUUGCCACCACAGAAACACUGGACUACUUGGAUACCUCCCAUUGUCAGAAAGGCAGGAAGAAAGCCUUAAGGGCAAACAGCUGAGAGGAGGCUAUAGCGGGGGUUGUGGGGGGGGCCAUCCCUCUUCAUGCUAAAUAGUUAUUAUUUCCCUUGACCUAGAGGGAGCUCGAAAGACAAUCCAUGUCUUCAGCCAAAGCCUGCUGGAUGAUAUGCUAUAUAUCAUUUGGCCCUAAUAUCUCCUCAAAGAGAUUUGCUCAUUUUGAUAUGUAUCAAACUCAAUGCAUGAUCCAUUAUGUGACUUAAAUUAUUUGCUACGCUGGGGUCUUUUUGGAAUGGAAGAUGUGCCGCAAGCUGCCUGAUCCGCAGCGAAUGGUUAACUUGAUCUCUGGAGGACUUUGCCUUGAAAAGACCGCAAUGUGCUCUUGUGUGUGCCUGCCUGCUUCGUAUCAAUGUGCCUCACAUUGGAGUUAUGAUAACUCAAGUAAAUAAAUAAGUAACUUUUUUUCAAACCACUGGACAACCACACAAGAAUAUUCUGCUUAGCAACGCCACCUUCAGUGACUGCAAGGCUGUGGACAUCAUCUCUAAAGACAGCUUUUGAAUUUUCUCUCCCUCCGUUCUGCUGUCAAUAGAAGCAUAUUUGGCUGUACAUUAUGCUUUUAUCAUACUUUACAUAUUUUCCUCCGUGUGUUAUCCAUGGACUAUUUGAUUUUGAACAUUUGCUGUGCAUGAAGAGACUUGGGCACAGAUGAAGAAUAAUCGUUCUAAAUAUGUCCAGCUUUCGCGUUUUACCCUGCACUUGCUUUGCAUUCGAAGAAGCUUGACCGACAAGAGCAUGACAAAACAGAUUCUACAUGGAUUUAUUGCCAGUGUUCGAACCAAUGUUGCAUUUGUGAAAUAUAUAUGUCACAUAUAUCAAUGUGCACUGGUAAUCCAAGUGCUUUUUAGGAACUUCUUUAAAUGAAUCAUCACGCCAAAACUGUAUUAGACAAACAUAAAAACACACUAUAUUGCUUUUCAUUUAUUUUAACAGUAUUCUCAAUGUUUCUGUUUAAUUCAUAGAAUAUUGAUGCUGAAAAAAAAAAAAUAAAAAUUCCAACUUAAAAGAAUUCAAAGUGUAAAACUAAAAGUAGACUGUGAUAUUGAGACAAAGCAGGGCACGUCAAUGACACUGCAAAGUAGGUCAGUUUGUUGAACACUUACUGGUACACCGCAGCUGAAUACUGAUGAAAAAUACCCUGAACCUAAGAAGCCUAUGAAUAAUAACAAAUUGCUUCUGUCUCAUAUUAAUAUGUUGAAUAUAUGACCUUUCCUUUGCGACACCCUACAGGAGAUAAGAGUUUUCAGUCUGAGACAAUGCUAGUAGAAUGAAGUUGUGUGUAUGUUCAAAGAAACAUGUUACAAGAAUCAGAGGGACACCAGAAGAGUUUAUAAAGAUUUAUUCCAAUGAUGUCCAUCCAUCCAUCCAUUUUCUGAGCCGCUUCUCCUCGCUAGGGUCGCGGGCGUGCCGGAGCCUAUCCCAGCUGUCAUCGGGCAGGAGGCGGGGCACACCCUGAACUGGUCGCCAGCCAAUCGCAGGGCACAUAGAAACAAACAACCAUUGGCACACACAUGCACACCUACGGGCAAUUUAGAGUUUUCAAUGAACCUACCAUGCAUGUUUUUGGGAUGGUGGAGGAAACCGGAGUGCCCGGAGAAAACCCACGCAGAACGUGCAAACUCCACACAGGCGGGGCCGGGGAUUGAACCCCGCUCCUCAGAACUGUGAGGCACACGCUGUAACCGGUCGUCCACCGUGCCACCUUCCAAUUUAAAUCUUUCACUCUUUGCUGUAUUUCAGCCAUUUGUUAAAAUCAAGUAUUUUCCCCCCCUCAUUAAUGUACACACAGAAAGCCAUAUUGACCAAAAAAAAACGUAAUUGUUGAAAUUUUUGCAGAUUUGUUCAAAAAGAAAAACUGAAAUAUCACACAGCCAUAAGAUUUCAGACCCUUUGCUGUGACUCGGGUGGUGUCCAUUUCUUCUGAUCUUCCGAUUAAAAUGGUUCUACACCUUCAUUGGAGUCCAGCUGUGUUUGAUGGAACUUGAUUAGGAAAGCCACACACCUGUCGAUAUAAGACCUUACAGCUCGCCAGAGCCCCGACUUAAACCGAAUUGAGCAUCUCCGGAAAGACCUGAAAAUGGCUGCCCACCACCGUUCACAAUCCAACUUGACAGAACUGGAGAGGAUCUGCAAGGAGGAAUGGCAGAUGAUCCCCAAAUCCAGGUGGGAAAAACUUGUUGCAAAGGGUGCUUCUACCAAAUACUGAGCAAAGGGUCUGAAUUCUUAUGCCUCUGUGAUAUUUCAGUUUUUCUUUUUUAAUAAAUCUACAAAGAUUUCAACAAUUCCGAUUUUCUUCUGUCAAUAUGGGGUGCUCUGUGUAGAUUAAUGAGGGGGGGGGGGAUGAACUUAAAUGAUUUUAGCAAAUAGCUGCAAUAUAAAAAAAAGAGUACAAAAUUUAAGGGGGUCCCAAUACUUUCUGUACCCACACUAAAUAUAUAUACAUAUAUAUAUAUAUAUAUAUAUAUAUGAAGCCAUCGUCUGAAGAUAGAGAGCAGCAGCGUUGAUAUCACUGGUUAAAAUUACAAUUUUAGUUUUUUUUUUUUUAUUUUGUAAAAUUACAACGCUAUUCUUGUAAUAUUUUUACUUCCUUUUUUCCCUAGUAACUUUAUUCUCCUAACAUGACUUUAUUCCCCUAAUUUACAACUGUAUUCAUGUAACAUUUCACAUGAUGAGUUUAUUUCAGCAUUGAGCCAGCUACUUGGCAAAUGCAGUGAACUUACCUACAAGUUAUUCUACAGUAAAUGAAGAAGCUUCAUUCCACUGAAGCUGCCUACCACAGAAAUGUAGCAUUGUAAGCUACAAUAAAGUAACUAAAGUUGCAUCAGUUUUUCUUUUUUGUUGAACAUAGCAAAAACGUCUGCUUAAGUCAUUACUAUCUCGUGAUCAAUGAAACUCCGAGACAGUCAGAUCAGAUGAGUUUUAUUAAACUGAGUAUUGUUUAUUCAACUUUCUCUCUUGACAAAUCCUCACAAUGGGCCAUAUUUUCACGUUUGUGCAUAACAAUGCAAAUCUAUUCUCUUCAAAGGAUGACUUUUCCCUUGUCAAAUUAGAACUUAAUUAUAAUAAUGUAAAUCUUCACAUGGUAAGGACUUGGAGCCCCCCAACCAUCCAUUUUCUGUACCGCUUAUCCACACGAGGGUCACGGACGAGCCAAAUAAUAUAAAUCAUAAAUGGGCCAAGCCAUUGUAACUGGGCCAAUGUCAUCAAGCUAGGAUUAAUAGAUGAUCAAUAGAUGCAUUUAUCUUUGCCUAUUGGCAUCAAAGGUCACAGUAUGUUUGCUGUAUUAGACCUUUAUAGAAAUAACACAAGACAUACAUUUGAUUGUCAGUUUCAGGAAGUUUCAUCUUGAUGUGGGGUAUUCACUCUUUUAAAUGCUGACUUGCUGGUUUAGUCAGUUUGUGGUGUCCUUCUCUUGUUUUUCUAUAGUUUCAUAGAAAUGUUUAAAGUUGGUGUAACAAUAGUUGAUUGGAGCAACAAAUACUGUAAAGUACAAUACUCUCCUUGAAUGCAUAUACAAAAAAACCCUCUAUGAUUUUUUGGUGGGAAAAAAAGGUCAAAGUUUUUAAAAUAUUCAGAAUUGGCAUACAGUGGAAAAAGCAUUGAAAGUGCAACGUGUAUAAUUACAUAAGGGUGUGUAAACCUCAGGUACUUUUAUCAUGCAUGUCAUAAAGACACAUACAGUAUUUAUUUGUAAAGGCUCACUGAAGGCUUACUUAUUUCCAGUUAGCAAUCCGAACCUACUUACAUAUUGAAUGUGUGUUGAAGCUUUAAAGUCAGAGGUGUGUCAGAAAAGUACUAUGGCUGGUGUCACAGAAGAUAUAUUGAAAACCCAAACUACGAGUUUUCUUCUUCAAUGGCGGCCAGACGUUCGACCAUAAAAAAAAGAAAAGAAAAAAAAAAAAGUGCCGUACUACUUUCAGUGCACUAGAAAAGCCGAGAGUUUUGGCACGACAACUUAUUGCUUAUUGCUAUUCUCCAUGACAACACAUCUGCUCACAAUGCUCUGAGCAUCCAACAGUUGCUGGUCGAGAAACUGUGUCAUGCUGGAGCAACCUUGCUAAUCACCGGACCUGGCUCUAUGUGAUACCCCACCUCCCCCUUUUUUUAAGCUCAAGUAGGUCUUUAAAACAGGUUCCGUUUUAAAGAUUUGGAUGACAUCAAGAUGGCAGCGCUGCAGAGGAUCCAGGAAGAAUCCUUCCAUCAGUGCAUGACGGUGCAGUAGAGAAGGCUGCGAGUGCAUGAGAAACCAGGGGGAUCACUUCCGAGGGCAAAACCUGUAGUUAGGAUUUGAAAUAUAUAUUUUGUGACACCAGGGUGAGAAGCUCGGUCAUCCGGGGAGGAUCUCAGAGUAGAGCCGCUGCUCCUUCACAUCGAGAGGAGCCAGAUGAGGUGGCUGGGGCAUCUGAUGCGGAUACCUCCCGGACGCCUCCCCGGUGAGGUGUGCCGGGCACGUCACCCCGGGGACGACCCGGGACACGCCGGAGAAACUAUAUCCUUCGGCUGGCCUGGGAACGCCUCGGGAUUCCCCCGGAAGAGCUGGAUGAAGUGGCUGGGGAGAGGGAAGUCUGGGCGUCCCUGCUAAAGCUACUGCCCCCGCGACCCGACCUCGGAUAAGCGGUAGAAAAUGGAUGGAUGGCUUUUGUGACACCAGUCCCGGAACUUUUCUGACCCAAUGUGUCAGUUAUUACAUUGACAUGGGGUGAUGGUCAUUGAUCAUAUUUGGGAUCUGAAACCAAUUCAGUGACACUUUCCAUAUGUUGUAUGGGGUUCAACGCUGCGGAGAAAUGUGUACCGUGAUAUAAUAUAGUAAUUGCUGAAUUGCGUGUAUUGUUGGGAAUGCAUUUCUCUUUGCUCACACAAUGAAGCAAAUGUAAUGAUACAUGUUUGUAACAACAUGAACAUUUUAAAAGUGUAUCCCCCAAAACAGAUUGUCAACAUGAAGUGCUAUGUGCAACCGCUGAAUGACAAAGGACAACAGAAAUAUGAGUGCAAAUACAUUGAUUGUUGUUGUCUGGUUUGAACAAGAGAUCUCUUUUUUUUAUUAUUUUUUUUUUUAUACACAGGAUACUGAAUAUAUUUAUUUUUGAAAAUGUAUAAUGCUACUGUAUGUGACUACUUUUAUGAAAGAAGUAUCAUAAAAUUGCAAUUUUAUCUGUAGUGCUCUGAAUUGAUGUCAUUGUUUUAAUAAUAUUUCAGUACAUAAUAAAACGUUGCUCUUUCCA